GCCGCCGUUAAUAUUUGUCGGCGCAGGGCUCUGUUUUUAGGGCGUAGAUGUUUGUGCAGUGUGUCUUAUUAUUGUUUUAAUUUUUUCAUAAAAUUUUUAAUAUUUUUAAUAAUUUUCAUAAAAUAAAUAAAACUCAAUAUUUAAAUUAAACAUAAUGAUGAAAUUCAUGUAUAUUACUCUAAUAUGUUUGGCUUUAAGUAUAAAAGGAGGAUUGGCUAUAUGGUGUUAUCGCUGUACCUCAGCCACUCCUGGCUGUACUGAGGACUUUAAUUGGCGCGGUAUAGGAUUUUUGGGUGAAAAAUGUCCAGAAAGUGAAGAUAUUUGUGUUAAAAUUACGGAAAAAAGAGGCUCCCAAAGAACUAUUAUACGUGAUUGCUUAAGUUCGCUAAGUUUUAGAACUGAUAUUCCGGCGGACAAAUAUGAAGGUUGUCGUCCCGCUGCCAAAGAUGUACAUUUGGCCAAUUAUGUCAAUCAUACCAUUAAGGAACAUGAUGUAAAACGUGAUUAUUUCAGUGAUGUUGAAUUUUGUUUUUGUUUCUUGGAUCAUCGCUGCAAUGGCGCCGAAUCGUUGUUGAAGUCCCGAGCUAUCUUUGGUUUUGGCGUGAUAAGUAUAGUAUUGUUAGUUCUAAAUAAGUUAUUAUUUAGAUUUUAGUGUUGAACGAAAUGACUAGAGAAGAAAAGAGUUUGUUUGUGCGAAUAGUUCUUUCCAGAAUGGAAAAAAACGUCAUUAUUUUCAACUAAUUUAUCCAUACAAUAUCUAAAAACAGAGCUACUCAUUCAAACAUUAUUAAUUAUAGAGUUCGCAAUAACAAAUUUUGUGAUUCUAGUGCCUUUUUGACCACAAACACACAUUUUGUAUCAAAAGUUACAAAAUUUACAAAUUUUAGUUUUAAGAAAUUAUAACGAAACAUAUCCGUCCAAUAAUUAAAGAAAAAUUAAGAAAAGGAAGUAAGACAAUAUAAAUACAUAUCACAAUAUUCUUUAAAAAAUUCGUUAUUCCAGUGCCUUUUUGACCACAUGCGCAGAUUUUGUAUUAACUGUUUAAUUUACAAUUUUAGUUUUAAGAGAUUAUAAUGAAACAUAUCCGUCCAAUAACUAAAGAAAAAUGAAGUAGGACAAUAUAACUACAUAUCACAGUAAUAUAUUAGGAAAACAAAAAAAUAUUCAUUUUAAUUUAAAAAGUCUUAUCGAAUCUCUUUUACGAAAUAAGUCAUAAAGUUUACAAAACAAAUUCAAUUUGUUUUAAGCGGAUCUAAAACGUUUUUUCUUUUUAUUUCUUCUUACCCGGGGAUAUUUCGGCAGCUCGAUUCGAAUUAAAAAAUUUUCCAAAUCGAAAUAUGCGAAAACCCCCUAAAUGAUUGUCUUGUUUCCUUCUUUCUCUAUUUUCUCACAUAUUAAUAGUAAAUUUAACAUUCCAUUAAUAAUUAUUGUAACUUUUACACUUUAUACACAGUUUUAUACAAAUAAAGAUUAUAUUUUAUUAAACAAAAAAAAAUUAAAACAAAACGAAUAAAUUGUUGCCAUAAUAACA